GGUGAAUCAUUCACGCUUGGACAGUCUGAGCUUCAUUGACAUAAAAGCUGUUGGAAACCCCUGCAGGUGUCGGAUGUUCCGAGCCCCAUAUACAUAACAGUGGUUGGACGAUCUACCUUGCUCUGGAUGUUUGAGCCCCGUGGAGAUAACAUUAGUUGGGUGAGCCACCUGUACUUGGAAAGUGUGAGAUUCAUCUGCGUAACAGUGGUUGGAAGACCCAGCUGCGGCCGGAGGUGUCAGCUCUGUUUGGAUUGUAUGAGCAAUGUUCGAUGAACAGCGGUUGGACGAGUUAUUGGACAAUUCGAGGUUAUGUGCAUAACAUCGGAAUGGACAAUUCAGCAGCGGUUGGACGUAUCGGAAGCCCGUAGAAACAGCAGUUGGUUGGAUACACAGUGAGACAUUGAAACUAGGUCACCUCAGGUUGACACCUAAGCAGUGAAACAGGAAAGAUACAAAUAGUCUACCUGAUGCCACACUGUGGUGAUUACUUCAAAGGCCUUGAAGCUUUUAGGAAGAGCCUCAGCCACAUAUAUAAGAUUAGUUACACAGACAGUGGAUAAUUCAGUGUAUAUUUGCAGCUGAACCAUGAAGAUGGUCCAGUGCUAGUGUGAAGUACUUUACAAAACAACAAGAAUGAGAAACAAAAGAUAGAAUGUCACAUGACAUUGAUUCAACAUACCAUAACAGAGGCGAAUGGUACUACCAGCAUCCCAAUAUGGCCCUAAGAGUUGAGGAAUAUACACAGUUGAGGGAAUCUACACCCUCUCGCUUGCGCAACAUACAGCAGAGAAGGAGGCAUGAAAGAGUCUCUAAUGACAGGCUGUAUAACACAGAGAACACAUAUCAACACCACCUUCUGGUUCCACACAAUGUACCUGUGUACCCUAGACACCCCCAACCCUUUGACUUAAAAAACAGGUUACAAAAACAGGUUACAAAUCAAAUCAAACCAAAUCAAUUUAUAUAGCCCUUCGUACAUCAGCUGAUAUCUCAAAGUGCUGUACAGAAACCCAGCCUAAAACCCCAAACAGCAAGCAAUGCAGGUGUAGAAGCACGGUGGCUAGGAAAAACUCCCUAGAAAGGCCAAAACCUAGGAAGAAACCUAGAGAGGAACCAGGCUAUGUGGGGUGGCCAGUCCUCUUCUGGCUGUGCCGGGUGGAGAUUAUAACAGAACAUGGCCAAGAUGUUCAAAUGUUCAUAAAUGACCAGCAUGGUCGAAUAAUAAUAAGGCAGAACAGUUGAAACUGGAGCAGCAGCACAGUCAGGUGGACUGGGGACAGCAAGGAGUCAUCAUGUCAGGUAGUCCUGGGGCACGGUCCUAGGGCUCAGGUCCUCCGAGAGAGAGAAAGAAAGAGAGAAUUAGAGAGAGCAUAUGUGGGGUUAGUCAUGACAUAGGACUGUCACCGAAGACCAAGGUUACAAUGGACCGCCAACUCGGUACAACAAACGGCCACAAAACGUUUGUCUUGCUCCUACUACAGCACAGGUGAAACGCCGUAAACCUCCAGAAUGGAUACUGCAACCCUGUGAAGGACAACCUGCCAAAAAACAACGCAAGACUGGUGAGAGACACGGACAUCAUGACAAUGUCAGCAGUCGGCCCCAGCCCACCAGGGGCAGCAGUCGGUCCCACCCGCCAAGGGACAGCAUCAGGGCCCAGUCUCCCAGGGACCACAGCCGAGCUCACACCACCAGCGGCAGCAGAGACAUGACCCAUAGUUCUGUCAACUGUAGGCGAAGCAAAGAACCCAAUACAGGCCUUAAAGCUCAAAGGUUGUGUCCCGAAGUCUCCUGUAGCAGCGGCCGCAAUGGUGGUCUUGGUAGCAGCGUCACAUCGGCAAAGAUUGGCAGAUAUGAAAACAGGUUUUCUUCACAAAGCCACAGCAUGCCUAGAUCACAUAGACCGUCCACUGGCACACAUCAGAAACCUGUGACUGUGGACAAUAUUAAGAAGAGAUCGGUCGACAUGUCCUACAAUCAGCCUGGUUCUCAGACGAGCAUUAAAAGUGGUUGCAGAAAGAUGUUCAACAGGAGACCGAACAACAGUGAGGAAGUAGACAUUGGCACAUCAGAGGUUCUACACCAUGUCACGGAUACCAAUGAGGAGGCUAACCUACCUAGAGAACCCGGUGCAGAUGAUAGCGGAGAUGAAAGCGUCAACUCCAGCAGUGGAAUCGGGACAAAAGUACCUAAUGAACCCAGUGCAGAUGAUAGCGGAGAUGGAAGCAACACAAGUUCCUCCAGUGACUCUGUUCACACUCGCGAUGAUGACAAGGAUGACUGUCACAAUUCUGUACCCAAACAUGUCGCGGAAAGGGUAUCCUCUCCAGUCAAACAUAGUGUACCUAUCAAACAAAAAAGUACCAGAGUGACUGGAGUCCAACAAGACGCUGAUACUGAACCAUGUGUAUCUGCUGAGCCAGAGUAUCAGUAUACAGAGGAUGCUGCCUGUUCUGGGACGGUAUGCACUGUGCCUAAUUCCCCCACGACGCAAACCCAGGAGCCAGACUCUGAUGAGACUCAGACCAAGGAGGAAGUGUCCGCUGAGACUCAGACCCCAGAAUCUGCUGAGACGCAGACCGAGGAGCCAGACUCUGAUGAGACUCAGACCAAGGAGGUAGUGUCCGCUGAGACUGUGUCUGCAGAGACUCAGAACCCAGACUCUGAUGAGACUUAGACCAAGGAGCCAGACUUGGAUGAAACUCAGACCAAUGAGGUAGUGUCCGCUGAGACUGUGUCUGCUGCGACUCAGACCCCAGAAUCUGCUGAGACACAGACCGAGGACCCAGACUCUGAUGAGACUCAGACCAAGGAGAUAGUGUCUGCUGUACCCAAGCCCCAGUCUACAACUGAACCAUCGUUCCAACAACCUAUUGGUGAAACAUGUGAAAUGUCUCACAAUGUGCCUGAAUGUAGAGUUGACCAUGCAAUUGUAUUAGCUGCGCCUGGGUAUCAAGAUAGGGCUGAUGAAGUUGUCUCUGCGACAGAGCAAGUAACCAGGGCCGGGUGUGCUACCUCAAAGGAACCUGAGACUGCCGUGGAUAGCAUCACAGCCAUGUCUGGGUGUGAUACAUCAGAGGAGGUUGAUGCUGCCCUGGAUAGCAUGACAUGUGUCACGGGUACCGAGAGAGUUCCGGAUGAUAUGCUAACCGAUGUGGAAUAUGCAAACGCCUUUCAAGAGUGUGAAGUGUCUCAAUUCUAUGCAUCCCGAGCCGCAUUUCAGUAGGCCACAGUUGAACGUUGACUCUUGUCCAGGUUCAAUAUUUUCUGCUACAACCGAUCCCCUUCCCACUAUGAUACCACCUUCAAGCGCCAUCUCUAAUGUGGUAACCCAGCCUACAGAUGUGGAACUCAACGCCUUCAAUGCCUGUAUUGGUGACAUGGACCCUCUCGGGUACCCAGACAACUCCAUGUUUGCUCUUGAGAGGGUCUGUGGUGAAUAUGUAUUUCAACAACAACAACAGUCGGCACAGCCUCUAGAGGCCCAGCAGGUUGAGGUGCAUCUGGAAACGUUUCAUCAAGUGCCUCGACCGCAGCAGGAGGCCCGGGUCCUACAUCCCGAACAACCAGCAUCUCAAGUGCCUGAAACGUCACAGCAGACUGUUGAUAUACACGGGUUCAACGUGUGCAAACUCAAGCCAGUGACAUCUUUACAGUCGCAAAGGACAUUGUUCCCCACACCACCACAAUCCGAAGCGGCUGUCACCUAUGAAGAACCUGUGCCUGGUCCCAGCCGAUAUAACCUGGACAGCGACGGGGCUACAGUGUCAUCCAUUGCGAUGAUAAUCCCUGUGGUGAAACAGUUGACUAUAUGCGGCACAUGUAAAAAAAAGAAGUUCAACAGAGCGUUCAUCUGUAACAACUACUCGAUUCAGCUGAACAGGCCCAUGCAAUGUGCUGGCGGCUGUCCACUGUGUUACAGUGAACAAAGUGGUUGCCGCCUACACAAUAUGUCGUCCACAAGGGCCGCUGUAAGCACCACAGCCAACACCCUUGCAAAUUGCCCUGCUCUGGAGAAUGUAGGAGACUGGGAUCUGGAACUCAACAUAGAUGAUAUGUUCAAGACUGACAAGGAGGUCAACGUCCAUUUGCAGCUGAUUAUGAAUGAGGAGCAAUCCCCUGGAGUUGACUCCCUGAAAAGAGCGUUCAACCAUCUCGUCACAGUGAAUGACACCAUGUCCUUCAGGUACUGGGUAAACGAAGCAAUGCCAGAAGAGGUGGCCUACAGAUAUGUCUGCAUCCCUCAUGUACCUGGGUUCUUGGAUCACGUUGUGGUGGGAACCCGUCCCCUUCCCAGAACGGAGAAGCUGAUCGGACCUGAUGACUCCCUACCGAGAUUGUUCAAUGUGUCACUUGGGUCCUACAGGUUUCAUUGGUGCCGUUUUGUCUUGAAGAAACAGAUCAUUUUGACUAUGUGCUGCACUUCGUUGCCCAGGAGAGGCCAGUCUAAGGUAGUCACAGUUGUUGGCAACACACUGAGAAACCUCACCUCGAGCAUAGAGUUUAGAAGAAUGGUAUUCUAUCUUUGUGGGUGGUUUACAGCUCAGUACGUGUCACCACAAGACAGGCGGCUUAACGUUGUGUUAGAUUGUAAACCCAGUGAAGGUGCUACUUUGGUCCAUGUCAUAGCUUUGUUGGCCUCCAGGAUUGGGAUGGGACACAGUAACACCUCACCUGGCCCAGCAACGGGCCAAAGAUGAUAGCAGUUCCUGCUUCAAUGGCAGGAAUGCCAAUAACAUGUUCACAUUCCCCUCAGAUGGUAAUUCCGUAGGUAAUUACAUCGAUAUUGUUGAGGAGUUUAGCUCCUACCACAACAGUGGCGAUGAUGGUAUUGGUCUCCCUCGCGUGUCCACAACCAUAGAGUAUUACAGUUUGCUUUAAAGUAGAGCAAUGAUGUUUGUAUAUUGUUACCAAUUUCACGUGUGUACGAUUUUAUACCUUACUUUAAUCGACCAUAUUACACCUGAGUAAUGUGUAUACCCUUUUGUACCUACCCUUUUCUACUUUUCUAUCAGCUAACUGUAUAUAUCUAUU